AUGGAGAGAGACGGUUAGAGCAAUUCAUGAAAUUAAUGGACACUUGAUUUGAAAUAAUUUUUUAACUCGAAACUCUCUAACUGUCUGCGCUCUCUCCUUUUCUCGCCACCGUCUCAUCGAGAGAGAAAAAGAGUUCAGACACUGGGAAAAUGAAGAAAAGCUCGCUAAGGUAAAAGUUGGGAAGAUCUUCUUUCGGUUCCUCAGAAGGCGUUUGGAAGCUUUCCAGAAAGUGGUCGCCUUCCACAAAGCUUCCUGACACCUUCUACUCAGAAAAAAGCCUGCCGGAAGCCUUCCAGAAACUUUCCAGCAGGCUUCUGGAAGGCUUCUGGCAGUCAUUAUCCAUUUUCACCUUCCAAAUACCUAUUAUCUAUUUUCCGAACACCUUCCAAAGGUUUUUCCAAGACCUUCUAGCUUCCCUACACCUUCAAACCUCUUGCUGGUUACCUUCCCAACACCUUCUUAAGAUUCGCCUGAGCGUUUUUUAUUAGAAAGAAUUUGAUAAGUUUUAGUAAAUUUGGAUGUGGGCCAAAACGGAACGUGACUCUCGUGCCGCCUUCAGAAACCGAAUGCAUGGGCGACGACGCGAUUUUAGGUUUUUUUUACUCUAUUUUUUAUCACUGUCCUCUUAAAUUUCGAUUGAUUAGACCUUGGCUAACCAGAUAAUUUAUUGUAUUUUCUUUGAUUUAGUCGCGUUGGAACCAGAAAAAAGUUAAAAUUCUGGAAAACGUGUCGUUUUUUUAAUGGAUUUUAAUGCUGUACUGUAAAAUUUACAUUAUUUUCCAAUCUUCCGUGGAAGUUGAUUUUUUUCGAACUGAAAAAAAUGAGUAAAACCAAAAUUUUUGGCGAACCGCGACGCUUCUGAAGAUACUGGUUGUAUGAUGGAAUUUUUCAGCAAAUUUUCUGAAAUUUCAAUUUUUUCUUAAAAAUAUGAAUAGAUUUUAAAUGGAGAAUGAAUCUCCCAAAAUGGCUAUGAAAAAAAAACUUUAUCGACCGCAACGCAGCCGCGACGCGUCUGGAAAAAUCCUGUUGUUAAGCGGAUUUUUCGAUUUUUUUUUUUUUUUGGUUCAAAAGUUUCUAGGAAUAUUCCAAAAAUAGAAAAAAAAUGAAAACCUUUUCCUCCAAAAUUCAGGCCUACUUAAUUAUAUUUGUAAUGUUCAGACCACAUUCUCUACGGGUACAACAAUUUGGACCUACCUGGCGGUGGACACGUACAGGUGUCCAUUGAGGUCGGUUUUCCCGAAAUUAUUUGAUUAUUCAAAAAAAUUCGAAUUCGCUCUGAAAUCGGAAACUGUUAAAAAAAAGUAGUUUUUCUAAUCAAAGAUAUCACAAAAAAACGUCUAGAUUUUUCCAAUUUUUUUAGUUAUACCCUUAUUUUCAAACCGAUUCAUUCCAAAUGAUAAAAAAACUAUCGGAAGAUCUUCAAGAUUAUAUCGACUGACUAAAAAGUAUUUGAAAUUAGCUUUCUAACUAAUUUGAAACGUAUUUAAUGGGAGAAUCAGCGGGCUGUAUAAAGAAAAUAAAAGAAUAUAAUUUUUCGAAAGAAAAAAACGUAGUCCACACGUGAUCUUUUUCAUUAUGGCGAGAACACAUAUUCAAAAACGGUUUUUUUCCUACAUAGAGAAAUUAUGAAAAAAAUGAAAAGAUUGAAUUUUUUUAAAAAUGUCGAGAAAAAAAUCCCGCAAAAAAACGGGGAGAGGAGUCGAACCAGGAAGUGUUUGAAUCAGGAGGCUUGCCUUAUUUUUGGAAUUUUCCCGAUUCGAAUCGCUUUUUUUCAGUCUUUAAAAGCAUGAAAAGUCCAUCUAGAAGUUUAGAAAUAGAAAAACCACAAAAAAAUAAGAAUUUCUUCUUCAAAUAUUUCUAAAAAAACCAGAAAUUCCGAAAAUCCACCCGCAAAAAAACGAGGGAGAGGAUUCAAACCGGAUUUUUUUAGUAAUUUUUCAGAAGCUUAUUUUUUUAUACAUUUACGAACACAACUCAGUUUCCUGUUCAGAUUUGGGUCCAGGAAGUGUCGAAAAUCAUAGAAAUCACCUCGGAGUUCGAGCUCGACAUUUAUGUGACUGAAAGGUGGACCGACCCGGCGCUGGCUUACGCCCAUUUGAAUCCUUGUAAAGGGUAGGGUCUUGAUCAAAUUUAAAAAAAGAAAAGAGGCAUGAAAAAUUAACGAGAAAAAGUAGGAAGUUGCUCUAGAAAAAUGGCAAAAAUGAUAGAGGUGAAAGGAGUCGAACCCUGGUCUCAAAGUUAUCAGACCAAAGUGUUAGCCGCUCGACCAUUCUGUCAAAGAGCCCGUAGGUGUCAUAGGCGCACGUAUACCUCGUAGUUGACCCUUAUCGUAUUCAUAAAAGGUUGUUUUUGAUAUUAUCUUCAACUUUCAAUUGAUUUUUAUUUAACACCUCUAAAUUUUUAAAACUUUUUUAAAAAAUGGUUGUGAAUCGGAAACUAUUAAAAAAAGUAGUUUUUUAUCAAAAUAUCACAAACAAAAAGUCUCGAUUUUUCCAAAUUUUUUAGUUAUUCCCUCAUUUUUUUAAGCCGAUUCAUUCCAAAUGAUAAAAAUUAUUGGCAAUCCAGAGUUUUUAUUAACUGUCUGAAAGUGUUGGAAAUUAGCUUUCUAACUAAUUUGAAACGUAUUUAAUGGGAGAAUCAGCGGGCUGGAUAAGAAAUAAAUCAAAAUUAUUUUCGAAAAAAACGUAUUCCUCCACACGUGAUCUUUUCAUUAUGGUGAGAACAUGUAUUUAAAAAAAACGGUUUUUUUUUCCUACAUAGAGAAAUUAUGAAAAAUGAAAAGAAUGAAUUUAAAAAAAACCGUUUAUUGCAUCAUCAAUGUGAGAAUACAUGUGAAAUCGACUUUCAUUAUUUUUAACUGUCUUUAAAUGGCGGCAGGAGCUGUGAAUUUCGCUCGUAGAACAUCAGGUACAAGAGAGGUCGUAGGAAGAAGUACGGCUUUCCAAAGGCCGACGGCAGCUGCAUGCAGCUCCCAAUUUGAGCUCCCAAAUAGGGAUGAAAGGCUUGGUCGACCUUGGAGGGACUCGAAACUACGACCUCGCGGACGUUAGAAAUGAGUCUUACCAGCUGAGCUAUGCCGCCCCCUCUAAUUAUAUUUUUCGAAUAUUUAAGGUCCUAGAAUUUAAAGAAAUCAUUUGAAAAUUUAACAUUUUUCCCUUAUUUCAGCUUCAUUCAUAAUGUAUUUUCUCGCUUUCUGUUUCAUAUUCCAAUCCCAGAAACAUGUCAGUUGACGGAGCAAGAACUCUGGAACAAAUCUGGAAUCCUCACGCGUGUUUCGUCAACAGCAAAUUGGCCAACAUCCACGAGAGCCCGUUCAAAAACGUCUUUUUGCAGAUUUACAGGUGAUUUUUAACCUCGGCGCAUUCAAAAAAAGUCAAAAAAACCGAUGAGAUUCAAAAAGAAAUAAUGAGCAGAAGGUAGGUUUUUGGGCAAUUUUUUUAAAUGGCUAAAAAAAAUCAACUUGAGCCGCAACGCGACCGCGACGCGUCUACCUUUUAUUUUUUGUAAUAUCACCGUCUUUUUUUGAUGAUAUAACGAUUUUAAGGAAGAUUCUUAUCGUUUCUAAGCUUAAAAGUACGAUAGUUGGCACAAUUUGAGCCGCAACGCGACCGCGUCGCAACUGAAGGAACUGGAAUUUUUUAAUGAAAUUUUUAAAAAAUCUAGAAAAAAAUUUUUUAUCAUGUUUUUUAACGUUAUCUUUGCUAUUAAAUAUGUUCAAAUUUUCUCAUUUUUUUCAGCAACGGCAGUAUUUGGCUGAAUUAUCGAAUCAAGCUGACUGGACCUUGUUCCAGUACUUUGAGGCGAGUUUUUGCCCGAAAAUAAAUUUUUAAUCUGAAAGAGGAGUCCAUGAAAGGACAUUGGACUACGUAAAAGUCAAAAAAAGCCAUUUUCCAGCUUAAAAUCUUGGGAAAAGCUAAUUUAAUUGGCCACUUAAGUGGUCGCUAUAUUAGCCGGAAGUAGCCACUUAAGGGGCGUGAUAAAAAUUUUCCGGACAUAGAGGACUGGUACUUGAAAAAAAUUUUUUUUUUAGUUUUUUCUUUUUGUCGACAGCUUUUCCGGGAACCUUUAAAAGCUAAAUUUAUGUCUGAAACAGGGAAAAAUUAUUAAAAACGGAAAAAAUCGAUUUCAGAACCUUCCCCAUUGAUCAACAACGCUGCAUGCUCUUCUAUGAGAGUUUCACUUAUAAUACGGAUCAGGUAGAGUCUAUUAUAAAAAAAGAGAGAGAGAGUCCAGACACUCUAGAUGUCUGAAACCUCUCGUUUUCCGCACUCUCUAGUUGUUUUUUUCAGGUAGAGAUGGAUUGGAUCACUACAGUCCCGCCAAUAACUAUUUUAAAAGGGAAUAUCACUUUGCCGGACUAUGUUUUAGUUGGCUUUUCGGCUUCUAGCGAGUUAAGGGUCAGUUUUUUAAUGAAUUUAAAAAAAAUGUGAAAGGGGUUUGAAAAAUUAAAAGAAAAAACGAUUUUCGCCUGAUUGAAAGGGGAAAAAUGACUUUGCUGUUUUUAGAAACCAAAAUUAGGUGGAAUAUCCAUUUUUCAGUAAUGACACGAUAAGUAUAUGUCUUCACCCUUAUCCAAAGUUUUUGUGGCCGCAUUUGGAAUGGCUUGAAAUUAGUAGUUGCGGCCGACCAUCAGUGACUGACCAUAAUAAGAAGUUAUUGGUCGGUCGCAAAGCCGCGACGCGUCGAGCCAUUCCAAAUGCGACCACUUUUCUUUCUUUAGCUUUACCCACCGGGAAUUUUCAACGAGCUCAUCGCCACCUUCACUUUUCAACGACUUUACGGUUUCUACAUUUUGCAGGUUUAUUCUUAUUAAAUCUACUUAUUUUUUGUUUCAUUUGGAGAAUUAUUAGAGCUUUAAUGAACCUAAGGUUUUGGCAAAAAAAAAAGCGAGGAUGGGAUUCGAACCAGUGACCUUCUGAGUGGAGUUUAAUCACUUACCAGCUGAGCUAUGGCGUUCAAAACAAUGUCGAGCCUUUUAUAGUGCUACUGUUUCCUCUAAAAGCAAAAGAAUAUAUAUUUGAACCACUUAGCGCAGCGGAUAACCCCUCAGACUAUCGAUAAAAGGGUCGUUGGUUCGAGUCCCACCUCCGUUUUUGCCGUUUUUAGGCUUCAUUUUGAAGAGAAUUACACGCUCUAUUUGGAUUUCAGGUCUAUGUACCCGCCUAUAUUUCUGUUUUCAUUUCUUGGGUCUCUUUUUAUCUUGGCGCCGAGCAAAUUCCUAGUCGGACCACCGUUGGCGUCAAUUCUUUGCUCGCCUUGACGUUGGUUUUUGGCUUUCUCUUUAAAAAAAAUAGAUUAUGCGAAAAAAAAUCUACAGUGUGAUCCUGGGGGUGUUCUGUAG